AUGGCCUCUUCUUCGUCCUUCACCAUUCGCAUACCGUGCUCGUCAGCGAACAUUGGACCAGGCUUUGAUGUCAUUGGUCUAGCAUUGUCGCUCUAUCUCGAAGUGCACGUUACAAUUGACCCGUCGUCGGCGCAGAAACAGCCAUUGAACUGUGCGAUUACAUACGAGAACCUGAGCGCCAGCAAAGAGCAGAUUAGUCUCGAUCCCGAGGUCAAUCUGAUUACUCGCGUGGCGCUCUACGUGCUGCGAUGCCAUGACCAGCGCGCUUUCCCCGUCAAUACGCAUGUGCAUAUCAAGAAUCCUAUCCCGCUAGGUCGGGGUCUGGGCACGUCGGGAACCGCCGUGGUCGCUGGUGUUGUGCUGGGAAAUGAGCUUGGGAAGUUGGGACUGAGCAAGGGGCGUCUCCUUGAUUACUGUUUGAUGAUUGAACGACACCCAGACAACGUAGCCGCAUCCCUCUUCGGCGGUUUCGUGGGCACAUACCUCAGCGAACUUAAACCAGAAGACAUAGCACGCAUCGAAAUCCCCCUCAGUGAAGUCCUGCCCGAGCCCGCCGGCGGAAUCGACACGGGCAAACAACCGCCGAAACCGCCCGUGGGUAUCGGCCACUGCACAAAGUUUCCCUGGGCCAAAGAAAUCAAAGCAAUAGCCAUCAUCCCGGACUUUGUCGUCCCCACCGCAAAUGCACGCAACGUGCUCCCCAAACAGUAUUCGCGCCCAGAUGUGGUCUUCAAUUUGCAGCGUGUCGCUUUGCUGCCUAUCGCCCUAGGCACGUCGCCGCCAGACCCGGAUAUGAUCUAUUUGGCUAUGCAGGACAGAGUGCAUCAGCCAUACCGGCAAACCCUGAUUCCCGGGUUAAUAGAGAUUCUGCAGUCUAUGACCCCUGCGACGCAACCGGGGUUGUUGGGUAUCUGUCUUUCGGGCGCGGGGCCGACCAUUUUGGCCCUUGCGACGGAUCGGUUCGACGAGAUUGCUACUAAGAUCGUUGGUCGUUUCACAGAGAGAGGCAUCGAGUGUCAAUGGAAGUUGUUGGAGCUGGCGCGAGAGGGAACGCUGGUAGAACAUCAUUGA